UUUAUACCGGUUUUUUUUUUCUUCUUUCUUCCCCCACUCCUUUUAGCGUGGCAGAUUCGAGCUUGCAUAUUAUAAACAAAUGGCAGGGGAAAAAUCGGCUAACACGCCCGUGGGCAGCAAGGGCUUGACGGAAGUUGGGUCGCCAAACCGUAUCCAGCGGCGAACACCAGGAGCAGCCAAUUUGGCACGCCCUCGGCACGCGCACCAGCCAAUACCUUCAGCACGCCAAUGCCCAGCUCAUCCUUUGCCGAGCGCGUGUACCAGAGCACCGGCGGAAGGCACGGUCGCACUACUACUCCUGGCUCUGUAUUUUCAACGCCGUAUUCCGACCUACGUGGUCCGACAGCUGGAGCAUCAACCCUAACGCGUCCAUCGAUGCUUAUCGACGAACUGGAGCCGCAGGCAGCUUUGGUACACCCGCACCGACAGCAGCACGCAAAUUCGGGGUUACGAAAAAUUACAUUCCGCCUACACCUGCUGGUUCGGC